AUGAGCAGGGCAUCCAAGCAAGAUGGGGGUUCAAUGAUUUCAACUGGCCAAAAGUACUGGGAUUUUUUCGAGUGUAAGACAAAUAAUUAUCGAUCUAUGGAAAGAGCAAUCGAUUCCGCGGGGAAAGGCAGCACGAGCCAGAGUGCUGCACAGAACAACUUCUGGAAAAUGUUUGCUGCCAGUCUGCUGGAGACAGCGCAGACAAUGCUGCUCUCGGAUCGUAGCCGGAACGAGCCAAUCAGAGCUAAACGAGAGACCCUUCCAGCACACAUCUCUCCUGAUAUCCCGAUCGUCCUCUUCAUUCUCUCCCUUCACUCAUCAGGAUAG